UUAUUUUGGUUGCCGUAUUACAGCACUUUACGACACUUUGCGACCUUGAAUACGAUAGUGUUUGACAAGUGGGCGCGCUUGUAAACAGUCGUAGUUAUUAUCCUAAAGGUUAUCGGUGUUUUUAUUUUGUGGUUUAUUGUAAAGUAACUCUGUCGGAAGUUUUAUCCAGAAUGCAGCAACGAAGUUCGUUAAUAUUUUUUUGCUUUUUACAAUAGUUUCAAGCAGCCGAACCGUUGGUUUAGACUGGUUCCCUCAGCUAACAUGCUAACAGCAGCAGCAGGGCAGACCAAAAGUCCAGAUGAUUUAUACGGGAGUAUUUCGGCAUGGUCAUAGUGCAAUUUUUUAGAAGGUCCUUGCUUCGAACUGGAAAACUAUUUGUCGGAGUCCAGCGAAUGCUUCUUUGUUCAGUGGAGAACACCGGGUGUCUGAACCUACAACAGCAGACUGACAUGAUCCGUAACCGCGCACAGAUCAGACGUGUUCUCUGCGUAGCGGAGAAAAAUGAUGCUGCCAAAAACAUCGCCGAAAUAAUGUCCAGUGGUAGAGCAAGGAGGAGGGAAGGAAAGUCCAAAUUUAACAAAAUCUACGAGUAUGAAUACCAUCUCUUUGGUCAGGAGGUCUCAGUAUCUAUGACAUCUGUGUCAGGUCACUUACUGUGUCAGGAUUUUAAAUUAGUCUAUCGGAAAUGGAAUAGUUGUAAUCCUGAGAUCCUAUUUGAUGCUGAAGUGGAGAAGUACUGUCCAGACAACAUGAAACAAAUCAAGCUGACACUGGAGAAGGAGGUGCGUCAGUGUCAGGCUUUAAUUAUCUGGACUGAUUGUGACAGAGAAGGAGAAAACAUUGGCUUUGAAAUCAUCAAUGUCUGCAAAGCAGUGAAGCCCAAUCUGCACGUUUUCCGUGCCAAGUUUUCUGAAAUAACCCAAACUUCUAUACGAAGAGCCUGUGAAAAUCUAACAGAGCCGGACAUAAACGUCAGUGAUGCUGUCGAUGUGCGGCAGGAGCUGGACUUACGCAUAGGUGCGUCGUUCACUCGAUUUCAGACACUGCGUCUGUGCAAGAUCUUUCCAGAGGCUCUGGCCAAUCAGCUGAUCUCAUACGGCAGCUGUCAGUUUCCUACUCUGGGGUUUGUGGUUGAGCGUUUCAAAGCCAUCCAGGCUUUCAUUCCUGAGACUUUCUACAAGAUUAAAGUGCUGCAUGACUUUCAAGAGGAAAAAGUAGAGUUCAACUGGAAAAGAAACCGUCUCUUCAACCACACAGCAUGCCUCGUGCUGUACCAGAUCUGUAUGGAGGAUCCCAUGGCAACAGUCACCUCAGUAACCAGCAAACCUAAGAGCAAGUGGAGACCGCUGCCUUUGGACACUGUGGAACUGGAGAAACUGGCUUCUCGGAAGCUGAGAAUAACUGCAAAGGAGACAAUGAAAGUUGCAGAAAAACUCUACACACAGGGCCUCAUCAGCUACCCUCGCACAGAGACAAACAUUUUUCCUGCAAACCUGCCUUUGAGCCCUCUGGUGGAGCAGCAGACUCAGAGUCCAGUCUGGGGAACAUUUGCCCAACGGGUACUAGAACAGCCCGGGGGUCCGAACCCACGCCAGGGCAAAAAAUCUGAUCAAGCCCAUCCUCCCAUUCACCCCAUUAAGUACAGCAGCAACCUGCAGGGCAACGAAGGACGCCUAUACGAAUUCAUUGUCCGUCACUUCCUCGCCUGCGUAUCCCAGGAUGCCUUGGGGCAGGAGACGAUGGUUGACAUAGACAUAGCCCAGGAAAAGUUCUCCACCGCAGGACUCAUGAUCAUAGCAAGGAACUAUCUGGAUGUUUACCCCUAUGACAGAUGGAGUGCCAAGGUCAUUCCUGUGUAUGAACAAGGAUUUCAGUUCCAGCCGACGUCCAUAGAAAUGUUAGACGGUCAAACCAGUCCUCCAGAGCUGCUCACUGAAGCUGACCUCAUAGCACUGAUGGAGAAACACGGCAUUGGCACAGAUGCGACUCAUGCCGAGCACAUUGAGACCAUAAAGAGUCGCAUGUAUGUGGGUUUGACACGGGACCAGAGGUUUCUCCCAGGGGAGCUGGGCAUGGGGCUGGUGGAGGGUUACAACUCCAUGGGCUAUGAAAUGUCCAAACCUGACCUUCGUGCUGAACUGGAGGGCGAUCUGAAGCUGGUGUCAGAAGGCAGGAAGGACAAACAGAGCGUGCUCCUGCACCACAUCCGAAAGUACAAAACCGUCUUCAUCGAGUCUGUCAGGAAAGCAAAGAAGUUGGAUGAAGCUCUGUCCUCGUACCUGGGUGAAGCACAGGAAGUCACUGAACAACAGUAUGAGGUGAUGGAGAUCCCACUGCCGGUCAGGAAGUGUCCCCAAUGUGGAGAAGACAUGGUGCUGAAGACGAGGAGGGACGGAAACGGUAAGUACCUGUCCUGUGUGGGUUUCCCAGCCUGUAAAACUGCAGUUUGGUUCCCAUCCACGGUCCAGGAGGUGAGCAGAGAUGAAAGCGUCUGUCCCACCUGUCGGCCGCACCCUGUUCACAUGUUGAAAUUCAAGUUCUGCAGAGGCAGCCUGCCUCCCAUGAUGCCUCUAGAAUUCGUUGGCUGCAUAGGUGGAUGUGACGAGACUCUCGUAGAGGUGCUGGACCUCAGAUACCUCAGAGCAAGUGCAAGCAGCAGAGGACGGAGACAUGAGGGAGGUCGAGCAGGAGGGGGUGUAAGAGAGCCUCCUCGACAGGCUUUGUGGCCGGUCGUACCAGAGCCACCCAGACCCCCUCACCCCAACCCCAGACCAUCCCUUCCUCAUGUCUCCUCCUGGAACCCUGAGCGUGACUCGGCUCCAGAAGUAAGAAGCAGGAGCAGCGUGGACUCCAACAACGAUGCCAUUGUGUGUAACUGUGGUCAGGACGCUCUCCUGCUCACUGUGCGCAAAGACGGUCCCAACCAAGGACGUCAGUUCUACAAGUGUAAUGCUGGCAGCUGCAACUUCUUUCUGUGGGCGGAUGAACCAAAUCAGUCGGGGCACCCUCAAAAUCAGGGGCCUUUGAGGCCCUCUGUAGGCUUCAGGAACACUGAAGGACGGCGAGAGCAGCGAGGCGGAGACCAAGGACACGCGGGGCAGAUCAUGUGUAACUGCAGUGAGACGGUGGUGACACUCACUGUCCAGAAGGAGGGUCCAAACAAGGGCAGGAUGUUCCACACGUGUGGGAAACCCAGAGACCAGCAGUGUGGCUUCUUCCAGUGGGCUGAUGAGAACAUGCCGCCACCACCACCACCACCAGGUCGUUAUGGUGACAAUGUCCGCCGCAGCGGGAACAGUGGGAGCAGAGAGAGGAAGACGACACGAGGGGCGCCUAACGGACCUCCUGCCGCUAAGAAAGUUCGUACCUGUGGCAUCUGUCGCAUGCCCGGUCACACACGAGCUACCUGUCCACAACGGUGACCACUGCAACUACGUCGAGACCCAAACUGUGAAGCUGCUCUGGAGGGGGUGGGGUCUUAAACACAUUUUAAUGGAACAAAUAAAGGAGAAUGUACAGUUUAAGGUGACAAAGAUUAUUUUAAAUAAAUGUUCAAAUGUUUUUAA